AAAGAAAAGAGAGAGAGAGAGAAGUAAACGAGCCGGCAAAGGACUCCCUCUAAUUAUAAUACAACAUGUCCAAUCACAAGAAAUGCCUUACCCAUUUCUAGUAAAUUCGAAUAUUUUCCAGUGAGAGAGAGAAGUUAUUUAACAUAUUUCUUUCCACUGCUCAUCUCCCUAUAUAUCUUGUAUAUAUAGUUCUUUUCACGGGACGAUUCCGUAAUGUGGUGGGCUAUGACUAGGAGGCUGCUGAUAGAGCUCAAGUACUACCGGUGAAGCGGCGAAUCUAUUCUAGUAACAUGAGGAAAAUAGCUGAACUAUGGCUGGUCCUCGUAGCUGUAGCCAGUGUUAAUACGGGAUAUUUCAUUGGGUCAUCAUUUCACAAGGUUACAUCAAACAAGAUUCAAAUGCCCACACUAAAUUGUAAUGUAGAGGAUGACAAGCAUGCAAUAAAGUUCAAUUCAGACCCAUCUCCAAGCCCAAGUCAAGUGUUUCCUAUGCAUAACAUCACAGGGAUACAUGUGGCAACAAAUCCACGAGGUGCUGAAUCAUUGCCCCCCGGCAUUGUUGAGCCUUAUUCAGAUUUUUAUCUCCAUAGACAGCAGGAGAAUUCUACUGAGGAUUUGGUGGGGAAACCAAAGUAUUUGUUAGCUUUAACAGUUGGUUAUGACCAGAAAGACAUCAUAAAUGAAAUUGUCAUGAAGUUCUCAGAAAACUUCUCCAUUGUGUUGUUUCACUAUGAUGGGAGGACAAGUGAAUGGGAUCAGUUUGAAUGGUCACACAGAGCAAUUCAUAUCAGUGCAAGAAAACAGGCUAAGUGGUGGUAUGCGAAGCGUUUUCUCCAUCCGGAUAUUGUGUCUGCUUAUGAAUACAUAUUUAUCUGGGAUGAAGAUCUCGGGGUUGACCAUUUCAAUGCAGAAGAGUACCUGAAACUAGUCAAGAAACAUGACUUAGAGAUAUCCCAGCCUGGAAUUGAACAAAAAACGAAAUAUAGUUGGUUGAUGACAAAGAGGAGGGUCGGCGUUGAAGUCCACAAGAAAACUAAAGAAAGACGAGGCAAGUGUCAAGACGACAAUCAGCCACCAUGCACAGGGUUUGUCGAAAUAAUGGCCCCAGUUUUCUCUAGAAAAUCUUGGCAAUGUGUUUGGCACAUGAUCCAGAAUGAUUUGAUUCAUGGAUGGGGCCUUGAUUUUCAUUUCUGGAGAUGUGUAGAGAGACCAUAUGAGAAGAUGGGUGUUGUUGAUGCACAAUGGGUAGAGCAUAAGAAGCUUCCUUCUCUUGGAGAUCAGGGCAUAUCAAGUCAUGGAAGAACACCAGGGGAAGGGGUUCGGGCAAGGUGCUUUGCUGAAUUUGAAGAAUUUAAAAGACGAAUGUACAUGGCAGGGCAUGGAAGUUGUAGCCAGACACGAGGAAGACAUGAGGAAGCAGUGGCGGAGGCAAUUGGUGGGGGGAAGUCGCACAUGCCACCCCCGGUUCCAAAACUAACAGAGGAAAGAAGGCAGUUCUACGCAAAAAAGAUCCUUGAGCAGAGAAAAAUUGCUACUCCCUCUCAGUCCAAUUCAAUAGAAUAAUCAUUCUUUUCAAAAAAAAUCCUUUGAAGUUUAGUUUAGAAUGACUCCGGACAAUCUUCUGGAUUGAAAAGAACAUCAAGUUCCAUUUUGAUAGAUCGUUAAACUACUUCCAUCUAUAUGAUGGAUGACUAAACUAUGAAAAUGUGUAAAUAUUUUGGUAUUAUAAAUGGUUAAUUUUGUAUAUUGUACUA